GAAGGAAAGGAGGAAGAAGAAGCAGGCAUUGUGGUAGCUGAUGUGACAGAAAAGUGUGAUUCUUCUGCUGAUGCUUUGAUACCUGAUGAAGCACAGAACUUACCCAGUGUUGUGUCAGCUGAUACAACUGACGAGCCUUCUAAGAAGAAUGCUGGAAACUCUGACAUCCCUAAACUCCAUAAGGGUGCUGUCAUGUUAGUGGACAUGAAAACAGCCUGCCAUCAUCUUCAGGUAAAGAACACAGAAGAGAAACAAGCCACCAAAGUUAGUACUGCUGUAGAAAAUGAAGAAAUGAUUUUGUCAACAGCUGGAGCAUCUGAAAAGGAAAAUCCAACUUCAGUGGUGGAGCAAAAAGAAUUAGUACCACAGCAGGUGGAGAAGGCGGUGGAAGAAGCAGCUAGCGAAGGCGACUCUGGAAAAGACAUGGAAAAUGAUAGAGAAUUUCAGGAGAAGCAGUGUCUUCUUUCAGAGACAUCUGCAGACAAAGAGGAAGACUGUACAGUACAGAAUGCUCAACAGAGUACUCCAUUAGCUGAGGAUAAUGAGGGAAUGAGCCUAUACAAGGAAGAGGUGCCAUUGGUUCAAACAAGAGUUCUGAGAAGUGGCACAAUCACAAUCAUUGACAUACCAGGGCACAAUAUAAUCAGAAAAACAGAGGACCAACACAGUGAGGCAGAAAAGACGGAUAGGAAGACAGAGGGAAAGGCUAAGGAGGAGACAGUGGAAGGGGGAGAGGCGUGUUUAGAGCCAGUUGUAGAAUUACGGCAAGAAAAGGGAAUUGCAGAAGAAGCUAAUUUGGAGCAAAAUAUAACUGAACAGCAAUCAGAAGCCAUAACUGAGACAGUAGCAGAUAAGGUAGUACAUGUCUCAGGAGAGGUCCUACAAGAUGGAGAAGAUGUUGGGGAGAAAACAAUGAUAGUAUUUGAAAAAGUGGAGAAUGUAGCAGACCUAACAACUGCUGCAGAUAAUUCAAAAGGAGGAGCACCUGAAAACCAAAAUGAAACUGCUGCCGACUCAGCCUUAGUUAAAAUCAAUGAAGAUGAGAAAAUACUCACAGUGGAUGAGCAGCAAAGUGAAAUAGUGGCACUUAAGCUGACUGACCUCCCAAGAUUGUCUGUAGUUUUAGUUGACCUGAAAAAAUCCCAACAUGGAGUCCAGGCAGAAGCAAAUGUUGAGCUGGCACAGGAGGAGUCAAUUGUUGAAAUAUCUGUGCCAGGUUCUUUUGUAGUGAUAUCUGAACCAAGACAAGGUCUGAAAGAAGAGGAAACAUCAGUUGUCAAAACACAAGAUCUGCAUGAUGGAAAGACUGCAAAAGCUAUACAUGGUGACGAAGACAUGGAGGAAGAAAAAAGCACUGAAGAAGAUGAACCAGCAAAAGAAACAAGACUUUUAAGGAGCGGAAGGAAGUCUACCUCUGCUACACCCAGACAUAAAUCCAAAAGAGCCCGUACACAACCUCAGACAGAGCAAAAGUUAGAAACUGAAGAAGCUGAACUAUCUGAAUAUAUACAAAUUGAGGAAACCAUUGCUGAGGAAACACAGGACAACCAAGAAGAGAAAAUGGCAGAAAAGGAAGAGAUUGAAUCUACAACUCAAAAAGAAGACAACAAAAAGUCUGAAGCCCAAAACACUGACGAAGACAAAAGCACUGAAGAAGAUGAACCAGCAAAAGAAACAAGAGUUCUAAGGCGUGGAAGGAAUUCUGCUUCUGCUACACCCAGACGUAAAUCUAAAAGAGCCCAUACACAACCUCAGACAGAGGAAAAGGAAGUAAGGGAACACACUUCUUCAGCUGAAAAGAUGCAAGUUAAAGAAAUAAGUGCUGGAGAAUUACAGAACAACCAAGAAGAGACAAUGGAAGAAAAGGAAAACAUUGAAUCUACAACUCAAAAAGAAGACAACAGAGACUUGGAAGCUGAUGUGGAAACAGUAGAAAAUAUUGUAGAAGAAUCAGUCCCAGAACAAGGUGCAAGCAAAGACACUGUCAAAGACACAGUAGCUGAUGAAAGUCUUAACAGCAUACAAACCACAGAUAAGAUACAAGCUACUGAUGAAGAAGCAUCAGCUGCCAAAACAACCAUUCUAGAGAGUGAUCGGAAGACAAUGAAAGCUACACAGGAUGAGGAAGAGGAGAAAGACACUGAAGAAGGUAAACCAGUAAUAGAAACAAGAGUUUUAAGGAGUGGAAAGAAGUGUGCUGCGACAAUAUCUAGACAUAUAUCCAAAAGAACUUGCAUACAGUCUCAGACAGAGGAAGAUGAUGUAGAGGAAGGAACUGCUCCAAUUGAAAAGAUACAACUAGAAGAAGUCAUUUCUAAAGAGACACAGGAUAAGCAAGAAGGGAUGAUAGACGACAGUGAAAAGGCUGAUCCUGCCACUCAGAAAGAAGACAAAGAGUCAGAAACUGAGGUGGAAAAAGAAGCUGUGGCAGAAGAAUCACUCUCAGAACAAGGCACAGUAGAAGAGACCCCAGCUACUCAAAGUGUUGAAGACCUACCAACCACAGAAGAGGCAAAGGCUACCGAUGAAGAAGACAUACCAGUUAUUGAAUCAAGAGUUCUAAGGAGUGGUCAAAAGACACUGAAAGCUACACAGGAUGUCCAAGACCAAGACACAGAGGAAGACAAAAGCACAGAAGAAGAUGAAUCAGCAAAAGAAACAAGAGUUCUAAGGCAUGGAAGGAAGUCUGCUUCUGCUACACCCAGAUGUAAAUCCAAAAGAGCCCAUAAACAGCCUGAGACAGAGGACAGAGUAGAGGAAGACACUGCUCCAACUAAAAAGAUACAGCUAGAUGGAGUCAUUUCUAAAGAAAAACAAGUUAACCAAGAAGAGAAGACAGAGGGCAGUGAAAAGGCUGAUGCUGCAACUCAAAAAGAAGACGCUGAAGAGACAGAAAUUAAAAUUCAAAAACAAGCAGCUGUGGCAGAAGAAUCACUCCCAAAACAAGGCCCAGUAGAAGAGACCCCAGCUAUUCAAAGUGUUGAAGACCUACCAGCCACAGAAGAGUCAAAAGCUACUGAUGAUGAAGACAUAUCAGUGUUGGCAAGAAGAGUUCUAAGAAGUGGCCAAAUGACAGUGAAAGCUGCACAUGAUGACCAAGACACUGACGAAGACAAAAGCACUGAAGAUGAUGAACCGGCAAAAGAAACAAGAGUUCUAAGGCGUGGAAGGAAUACCGCUUCUCCUACACCCAGACGUAAAUCCAAAAGAGCCCGUACACAACCUCAGACAGAGGAAAAGGAAGUAAGGGAACACACUGCUUCAGCUGAAAAGAUGCAAGUUAAAGAAAUAAGUGCUGGGGAAUUACAGAACCAAGAACAGACAAUGGAAGAAAAGGAAGACAUUGAAUCAACAACUCAAAAAGAAAACAACCAAGACUCAGAAGCUGAUGUGGAAACAGUAGAAAAUAUUGUAGAAGAACCAGUCCCAGAACAAGGUGCAAGCAAAGACACUGUCAAAGACACGGUAGCUGAUGAAAGUCUUGACAACAUACAAACCACAGAUAAGGAACAAGCUACUGAUGAAGAAGCAUCAGCUGCCAAAACAACCAUUCUAGAGAGUGAUCAGAAGACAAUGAAAGCUACACAGGAUGAGGACAAGACAAAAGAAAAAGACAUUGAAAAAGGUAAACCAGUAAUAGAAACAAGAGUUCUAAGGAGUGGAAAGAAGUGUGCUGCGACAAUAUCUAGACAUAUAUCCAAAAGAACUUGCAUACAGUCUCAGACAGAGGAAGAUGACGCAGAGGAAGAAACUGCUCCAAUUGAAAAGAUACAACUAGAAGAAGUCAUUUCUAAAGAGACACAGGAUAACCAAGAAGAGAUGAUAGAAGACAGUGAAAAGGCUGAUCCUGCCACUCAGAAAGAAGACAAUAAAGAGUCAGAAACUGAGGUGGAAAAAGAAGCUGUGGCAGAAGAAUCACUCCCAGAACAAGGCACAGUAGAAGAGACCCCAGCUACUCAAAGUGUUGAAGACCUACCAACCACAGAAGAGGCAAAGACUAUAGAUAAAGACGACAUCCCAGACACAGAGCAAGACAAAAGCACUGAAGAUGAACCAGCAAAAGAAACACGAGUUCUAAGGGGUGGAAGGAAAUCUGCUUCUGCUACACCCAGACGUAAAUCCAAAAGAGCCCGUAAACAGCCUCAGACAGAGAAACAGGAAGAAACUGAAGAAGCUGCUCCAUCUGAAUAUAUACAAAUAAAGGAAACUAUUGCUGAAGAAACAAAGGACAACCAAGAAGAGAAGACAGAAGACAGAUUAAAGGAUGAGACAGAGGAAGAUGACAUAGAGGAAGGAACUCCUCCAGUUAAAAAAAUACAACUAGAAGAAGGCAUUUGCACAGAGACAGAGACACAGGAUAACCAAGAAGAGAUGAUAGAAGACAGUGAAAAGGCUGAUCCUGCCACUCAGAAAGAAGACAAUAAAGAGUCAGAAACAGAGGUGGAAAAAGAAGCUGUUGCAGAAGAAUCACACCCAGAAAAAGGCACAGUAGAAGAGACCCCAGCUACUCAAAGUGUUGAAGACCUACCGACCACAGAAGAGGCAAAGACUAUAGAUAAAGAGAUCCUAGACACAGAGGAAGACAAAAGCACUGAAGAUGAACCAGCACAAGAAAUAAGAGUUCCAAGGGGUGGAAGGAAGUCUGCUUCUGCUACACCCAGACAUAAAUCCAAAAGAGCCCGUAAACGGCAUCAGACAGAGAAAGAGGAAGAAACUGAAGAAGCUGCUCCAUCUGAAUAUAUACAAAGAAAGGACACUAUUGCUGAAGAAACAAAGGACAACCAAGAAGAGAAGACAGAAGACAAAUUAAUGGAUGAAACUACAACGCAGAAAGAAGAUGACAGAGAAUCAGAAACUGAGGAAGCUGUGGCUAAAUCAAUCCCUAAAAACGAUCAAAUUGAAGAACGAGAAGAUGAAACCAAUGAAGAGGAAAAAAUUUGGAUUAAAAUGACAGAUACGGAGACAAGUACUGAAAAGGGGGAUUUGGAAUUAGAUACAGAUCAAGAGGUAGAGAUAGCUAGUCUUAAUCAGGAGGAGGAAGAUGAGCAGAGUUUGUCUGAAGAAGAUAAACAGAUAGUGAUUCGAGGGAAAGUCUUAAGAGGGAGAUCAGUACCUUCAAUAAUCGCACCGAAAUACAGACGCCACAGUGCUAAAGUUCAGAAGGCAAAGGAGUCUUCCUCUGAUGAAGACCCUGAACGUAAACCUAAGAGGAGGCAGUCACCUAAGAGGAGUCCCCAAAAGAGGCAAAGCUCAGAGAUAACUCCAAAUCGCAGGUCAAAACGUCACAGAAUUUAG